CCGCUCAGCUCCGCUUUGUGUCUCUCCCAGAUGGUGGAGGCCCAGUUUGUGCUGUCCUUUGUGCACCGCUUCCUGGAGCACCGCGGCACCACCACCUACUUUGCCUUCUGCUACCCUUUCUCCUACACGGAGUGCCAGGAGAUGCUGGCGCAGCUGGACAGCCGCUUUGAGGAGUGCCGGCACAUGGCUCCCAGCAGCCCCCUGGACUCAGUCUAUUACCACCGGGAGCUGCUGUGCCACUCCCUGGACAAGCUGCGCGUCGACCUGCUGACCGUCACCUCCUGCCACGGCAUGCAGGAGCGGCGCGAGCCGCGGCUCGACAAGCUCUUCCCAGACACGGCCACGCCACGGCCACGCUGCUUCACGGGGAAGAGGGUGUUCUUCCUGAGCAGCCGCGUGCACCCUGGUGAGACGCCCUCCAGCUUCGUCUUCAAUGGCUUCCUGCACUUCAUCCUGCGUGAGGAGGACCCCCGUGCCCAGAUGCUGCGUCGCAUGUUCGUCUUUAAGCUCAUUCCCAUGCUGAACCCGGACGGAGUGGUGCGAGGUCACUACCGGACUGACUCGCGUGGGGUCAACCUGAACCGACAGUACCUCAACCCCGAUGCCGAGCUGCACCCCGCUGUGUACGGGGCCAAAGCGGUGCUGCUGUACCACCACGUGCACAGCCGUGUGCUGCCGGGCAGCCCCGACUGGAGGACCUACGUCUCACCGCUCAGCACCAGCGUGCUCAGCACCAGAUCUUCCAACCAUUCCGUCCCGGAGGCGGCGCUGUCGGAGCUGGAGAAAACCAACAACUUCCGCAACGCAUCCAGCACGUGGAGUCGGGGCCUCAGCCCUUCUCAGGAACCCCAGGUGGACCUGAUCUUCCCUGAACGGCGCUGCGAGGAGGAAGCCGGGCAGCCGCUGCCACUUCCCGAAGCCAUCCUGCCCCAGCACAGCGGGCUGGCCUACUAUGUUGACCUGCACGGGCACGCCUCCAAGCGUGGCUGCUUCAUGUACGGGAACAACUUCAGCGAUGAGAACGAUCAGGUGGAGAACAUGCUGUUCCCUAAGCUCAUCUCCUUGAACUCACCUCACUUUGACUUCACGGGCUGCAACUUCUCAGAGAAGAACAUGUACGCCAAAGACAAGCGGGACGGGCAGUCCAAGGAGGGCAGUGGGCGUGUGGCCAUCUACAAAGCGCUGGGGAUCAUCCACAGCUACACACUGGAGUGCAAUUACAACACGGGCCGCUCAGUGAACAGCAUCCCUUUGGCCUGCCACGACAACGGGCGCGCCAGCCCCCCACCACCACCCUCCUUCCCCUCCAAAUACACCGUGGAGCUGUUCGAGCAGGUCGGCAGGGCGCUGGCCGUGGCUGCACUGGACAUGGCGGAGUGCAACCCGUGGCCGCGCAUCGUGCUGUCGGAGCACAACUGCCUCAGCAACCUGCGGGCCUGGAUGCUGAAGCACGUGCGUGGCACGCGGGGCAACGGAGCCUGCGUGCGGAGGAGAGGAGGCCGCAGCCCCCCCACGAGCGCUGGCGGGCUCCCGGCCUCAGCCUCAGAGAGCGCCCUGUCCCGCGUGCGCAGCUUCAGCCACGGCAGCCAGCAGGACUCGCCCCGCGUCAGAGCCUCGCCCAGCUUCCCAGGUGCUGCUGUGGAUGCUCCGGGCCCGCAGAAGGGUGGCACGCAACCCCCGGCACCGCUCCGAGGGUCCCUGCCGGCAGAUGCCUGUGUGGGGUCAGUGCUGGGUGCCAGCUACAGACUGCAGGAGGCUCCGCACGGUGGUGGCAGCAAGCCAGGGGCUGCGCACAGCACCGUGCUGCUGCAGGUAUUCCCAAAGAAGCUGAAUGCCAGGAGGGCCCUGGAGCAGCCCGGCCCGGGGGGACUCACCACCCGCCCCAGCAGGAUCCCAGUGCGGAGGAAGACGGCAGCAGCCCUGAGCUUGCCGGUGCUCAGCUCCAGCAGCACUGAAGCCCUCCAAGCCCCGACGCACAGCUAUGCUGCCAUCUGCACCACGCAGUCUAUCCCAGGCGGAGCUGUUCCGACUGCCCUGGUACAGGAGGGAAGCAACGCAGCACCAGCCCCAACCCCACUCCCCGUACCUCCAGCACCCUGCCUGGAGACUCCAGUCUCUGGCACCAGAGCACCCAGCGUGGAGCAGCUGCUGGGCGAGGGUCUGCGCCCCGAGGUACAGCCCAGGGGGCGGCGGGGGAACGUGGCACGUGCGGGGGGCUCCGUCUCUGGCCUCCCCCCACCCGCUGUCCUGCUUUGCAGUGCCCACCCAGCCUCACCACCGCCCGCCCCAUGCUGCGCUCCUACCGGCAGCUCUUCUCCUUCUGUGCUGAGGCCUGAUCGUGGCCGCAGGCGCCGGACCCGCACGUGCCACGGCUGUGUGCCCAACCUGGGAGCCACCACGCGGCGAAGCCGCAGCCGCCGUCAGCGCUGCAUCCGGUGCCGUGCGCAGGGUUGGGGGCAUCCCUGCUCAGCCCUGAGACCCCGAGACAUUUUUACAUAACAUGGUUUUGUCUCA